ACAAACGAGUGUUUGAACAUCCUUUUCAGAAUUCAGCUCAGCGUAUUGCAAAGAAAAGCGCUUGAUGGCUUGGUCAGCUAUCAGGUACGCUACUGUCUUCCUCCUCCUGUUGCCGCCGUGCGCAUCCGACGACAGGCUCGUCCCCGGCAAGCUGCUGUCCCCUGGUGCCACCAUCAUAUCCGACGGCGGCAGCUUCGCCUUGGGCUUCUUUUCCCCGGCCAACUCCACCACUACGGAGACGCUCUACCUCGGCAUAUGGUACAACGACGUCCCCCGGCUCACCGUGGUGUGGGUCGCCAACAGAGAAACCCCCGUCACAAACCACACCUCCCCUGCACCAGCGCUGUCCCUGACCAACGCCUCCAAUCUCGUCCUGUCGGACUCCGACGGUCGUGUCCUUUGGACGACCAACAUCACCGGCGUCCCGAGCUCAUCUCCAGCAGCCACCGGCCUCGCCGCAGUUCUUCUGAACACCGGCAACCUCGUCGUCCGGUCCGCGAACGGCACCACCUUAUGGCAGAGCUUCGAGCACCCGGCUGACACGUUCCUCCCCGGUAUGAAGAUUCGGAUCAAGUACAAGACGCGCGCCGGCGAGCGCCUGGUAUCGUGGAAGGGCCCCGAGGACCCCUCUCCGGGACCCUUCUCCUACGGCGGGGAUCCGGACACGUUCCUUCAGGUCAUCAUCUGGAACGGAACGCGUCCGCUGUCGCGCGACGGCCCGUGGACGGGCAACAUGGUCGCCAGCUGGUACCAGGCGAACACCAGCGUCAUCGCCUACUUCGCAGUCGUCAGCACCGAGGAGGAGAUCUACAUAACCUACAGCCUCUCGGACGGCUCGGCGCACACCAGGUACGUGCUGACUUACUCCGGCGAGUUGCGACUCCAAAGCUGGAACAUCCACUCAUCAGCAUGGGCGGUUAGCGGUGAGUGGCCAAUCUGGGAGUGCAGCCGCUAUGGCUACUGUGGCCCGCACGGUUACUGCGACAACACGGUGGCUAUCCCGACCUGCAAGUGUCUCGACGGCUUCGAGCCGACGAGCCUGGAAGACUGGAACAGCGGCAGGUUCUCUCAGGGCUGCCGGCGAAAGGAGGCGCUGCGAUGCGGCGACGGUUUCUUGGCCUUGCCGGGGAUGAAAUCACCGGACAAGUUCGUGCUCGUCAAGAACCGAACCUUGGAGGACUGCGCGGCGGAGUGCACCGACAACUGUUCGUGCGUGGCGUACGCUUAUGCCAACCUGAGCAGCAGCAGAACGAAGGGGGACGUGACGAGGUGCUUGGUAUGGGCCGGCGAGCUGAUUGACACGGAGAAGAUAGGUGACGAGGCUGGCGGCGACACGCUGUACCUCCGGAUUGCAGGCUUGGAUGAUGGUGUGCAUGGUGCUGGAGGAAAGAGCAAUGCACUGAGGAUUGUGCUGCCUACAGUUUUAAGUAGCAUUCUGAUAAUCAUAGGCAUUUUCCUUGCCUGGUUUAAGUUGAAAGGUAAAAGGGUAAGUAAGGAAGAUUACAAUAAGCUAAUUCUGGGUGGUACGAGUACUUCCGACGAACUCAGGGAAGGAAGCCCUGCCCAAGAUUUUGAAUUUCCCUUCAUCAGAUUUGAGGAUAUUAAGGCUGCAACACACAAUUUCUCAGAAGCAUGUAAGAUUGGGCAAGGAGGUUUCGGCAAAGUUUAUAAGGCAAUGCUAGGUGGUCAGGAAGUUGCUAUCAAAAGGCUAAGUAAGGAUUCAGAUCAAGGAACAGAGGAAUUCAGGAAUGAAGUCAUUCUAAUUGCCAAAUUACAACAUAGAAAUUUGGUUCAACUAGUUGGUUGCAGUGUUGAGGGUGAUGAAAAGAUCCUGAUAUAUGAGUAUUUGCCUAAUAGAAGCUUAGAUGCUAUCCUUUUCGAUAAUUCAAGAAAAGCGUUACUAGAUUGGCCAACGCGAUUUAACAUAAUCAAAGGGGUUGCAAGAGGACUUCUUUACCUCCACCAAGAUUCAAGAUUGACCAUAGUUCAUAGAGAUCUCAAAGCAGCCAAUGUUUUACUAGAUGCGGAGAUGAGACCCAAGAUAGCAGACUUUGGCAUGGCAAGGAUCUUCAGUGACAAUCAGAAAAACGCAAAUACACAACGUGUUGUCGGAACAUAUGGUUACAUGGCUCCAGAGUACGCAAUGGAAGGCGUCUUCUCUAUCAAGUCAGAUGUCUAUAGCUUUGGUGUGCUUCUCUUGGAGGUUGUAACUGGUAUAAGGAGAAGCUCCAUUAGUCACAUUAUAGGUUUUCCGAACCUUAUAGUCUAUGCAUGGAAUACGUGGAAAGAAGGGAGAGCAAAAGAUUUGGCAGACCCAUCUAUCAUGGAUACUUGUUUGCUAGAAGAAGUUUUGCUCUGCAGUCAUAUGGCACUCUUGUGUGUUCAGGAAAACCCAGACGAUAGGCCACUUAUGUCAUCUGUUAUUUUCACCCUGGAGAAUGGAAGCACCGCACUUCCAAUCCCCAAUGGCCUUGGGUACUAUGGACAGAGGAGCAAUGAAAUGGAGCAAAUAAGGGACAAUAUCGAGAAUUCUAUUAAUACCCUGACUCUCACGAACAUAGAGGGACGAUAAUUUUCUAGUUGAUGUAUCAAGCAUUGUCCAAAAUAUGGCUUCGUGGUUUGGAAGUCAUUUCUUUACUAUUUUUUCUGUUUCAUUUUUGGAUGUGUUAGCAAUCUCAAUAAGCUAUGAAGA